CUUUUUCAAAGUAUUAACAACUUACAAGCAGAAAUAUCAUGGCUUGCUCGUCAUUCCCAGCUACUAGUUUUGCCAAGAGGCUAGAAGGUAAGGUUGCCUUGAUAACAGGAGGAGCCAGUGGAAUCGGCGAGAGCACUGCGAGACUCUUUGCCCGCCAUGGAGCCAAGGUUGUGAUUGCAGAUGUCCAAUCCGAGUUGGGUCACUCUGUAGCGGAGAAAAUCCAAUCAGAAUCUGGACAACCAGUUUCCUACGUCCAAUGUGACGUAUCUAAAGAUUCCGAUGUGGAAAACGCAGUGAACACAGCCGUUUCAAUGCAUGGAAAGCUUGAUAUAAUGUUCAACAAUGCAGGAAUCACAGGAAACUACGAUCCCAGUAUAUCAUCAGUGGAGUAUGAAGAUUUCAAAAAGGUUAUUGACAUAAACUUGUAUGGAGGAUUAAUAGGAGCCAAACAUGCAGCUAGAGUGAUGAUCCCAGAAAGGAAAGGAUGCAUUUUGUUCACUUCAAGUUUUGCUUCAGUGUGCUAUGGUGGAAUUCCACAUGCAUACACAGCAUCAAAGCAUGCAAUUGUUGGGAUAACUAAGAAUCUGGCAGUGGAAUUGGGGAAGCAUGGAAUAAGAGUUAAUUGCAUUUCGCCUGGAGGGAUUCCAACGCCUUUAGCUGCUAAGACAAUGGGAGAUGUAGACUUGAAAACUGUGCAAGAAGCUUUCAUGGGCAUCUCAAAUCUGAAAGGAGUGCCUGUAGAUGCUAAUGAUGUUGCUGAAGCUGCUCUGUAUCUUGGAAGUGAAGAGUCCAAGUUUGUGAGUGGAUUGAAUAUGAUUGUUGAUGGAGGUUUCUGCCUAACAAAUUCAGGUUUAACACAAAUUGAUCAUUAAUUCUCAUUUAAGUACUCAAAAAUGAAUAAGGUGAAUUGUUUGUCUGCUUAUUUUAAAGUUAAUUAAUAAAAUGUCAUGCCAUGCAUGCAUGCAUGUUCUCUUUAUGUAUUGGAACUUGGAAGAUACCUACGAAUGAAUUAUGGGAAUGGCCGACGCUGCAAC